GCUGUAAAAACUUCAGAGUCAGCCACAUCAACACACGACCACAAGCUGUCGGAGCUUGAUGACCACUGCAGCCAUUAUUGAACUGUGGCCUGCUACCUACUGUAUGCUCUAGCUUUUGACUCACAAGACUUGCCAUCUACUUCAUUGGGCAGCGAAUGCCUGAGAAACAAGGCAGCGCUUAAAUAAUGGCCGGGCCAGGUUCCCAUUGCUCCACUUCUCGGUACCUCAGGUACAUAGGAGACGGAACUAAAAUAUCCUGAGACAAACGAGGCGCUCGCGAGGCUCAUUGCAUACUAGCAGAGACCGAAACUCUUCAGGCCAGUCUGUGCGUCUACAGCCCAAUGGUUGCAAGGUUGGGGGCCGACCGGGGUUGCCCAUACUGUGCUUGGCGGAGGAGGCACAGUCGAGUUUGGAAGAAUCAAUGGUGGUGUUCUCUGAUACUUACAGCCUGCCGGCGCUUCCAAUCUAGGCGACGCUAUGCUAUGGCCGAGAAAGAAGCAAACAACAGUCCUAUGGAUAGUAGCACAAUAUGUAAGGCGACACACUCCCACUCCCAACAUGGUGUAUUCCACCCCGGUGCCCAUUCCCACCAUACUUGGUGCCCUCGUGCGUAUAACAUGUCAGGGCCGACAAACAACGCAAUUUUCUUAUAUAAUGGACCUCCGAGCAGGAAUUCAGAAAGCACCAAAUCCCAUGUCAGACCUUACUGGUCCAGCGUGUCCAUCACAAACCUGUCCGAGGAGCGUCUGCUCUCACCCAGCUGUGGAAAGCCCGGGGCCAAGGAGCGAGUGCCACGGAAAGAUGUGUAUCUGGUGUUGAUUGAGUUGGCCUGCCUAGCUGGCGGCUUGUUGACCGUCUUCUACUCCAGACUGGCCAUCUUUUUGGGGCAAAUCAACCAGCUCAUCGUGAUUGGGUUCCUGUUGGCCGUCAUGUCUUUGUGUCUGGAAGGUCAGGUUUUGCGCACCGCCCUCAUCCAUACAGCAAGUCGAACCGGGUCGACGAUCCAGGACCUCGAUGCCCUGCUACGCAAAGACCCCUUUGCUUCCAAAGUCCACUUCGCUUAUCGACUCCUCCCUCUGUGUCUGCUCGGCCUCCCACUGUUGUUGAGUGUUGGGUAUAAAAGAUUUACCGGUGGACAGAGCAUGAUCCAGCUGAAGAACGGCGGCGACGGGUUCUUUGGGUUCUCAUCCACGCCUGGCAAGCAGCGGAUAGGGGACGGACUGUCCAUCUUGUCUGACGUUUACGUCCCGUUCUGGAUCGACCCGGGCCUCAACCGAACGUAUGGGUUCAACAUGUAUGUCGCGCCCGACAACAAAACCGCGGCCAUUGUAGACUCACCAUUUCCGGCUUAUUUGAAGAGCCUCCAGUCCACUCUUCUUAACGGGGAGACCCUGACAAUGUCAGCCAUGGUCAAUGCGACUGUCUCAGAAAUGGUUAAUCCAACAGAGGCCGAGAGGAACAGUGCCGACUAUUGGACAGCUGUGGAGGAGGAUUUCGACCAUGACUUUGCCCUGAAUGGAGGCGACGUCCGGGGUGCCAACAACGCCCUAUGGGCUGGCAUGAGCGGCAAUUUCCUUACCAAUUUUUCCGUCAUGUACUUCUCUUCAUGGAACAGCACGCGUAACGAGUCCUUCACGUCCGAGGCCAUCCGGACUGAGCAGACCCGUCGAAUGGCCCAGGCCACAUGGUUGAUCACCCCGUCCAAUAUCACGCUUACCGAAACAGCGAUUAUCGCCAACAGCGUUCAGGGGAAUCAGUCCCUGUUGCAAAACAACGCAAUUGGUCUGCAAGAACUGUUUAGCACUUUCUUGGGCGAGUACGACUGGCACAAUCGAGCGUCGGCAUUCGACUUCCCAUACCCGGCUCCGGAUGAUGGACAGUUGAGAUACUUCCAACCGGUAAACACUGUGCCGGCGCUGGCAGCGGCAAUGGCCUGGGCUCGUAUCACCAUCUUAGAUACCAUAGACAGACCGCAAGGGAUCCAAAGCCCCCAGUUGAGAGCUCAAACAGGAUACAAUAAGGCGGCACAAGACAUUGUGAUCUUCAAGUAUGUUCCAACACUGCGAAGGCAGGCGUUGCUGAUCGCAAUCUUGCUGCUGAACCCACUCAUAUCAUUGACUUGUCUCCUCGUCAAGGGCUUGUUUCUAUACGAGAGCCCAAUCGGGGACCAAUUUAACACAAUCUCGCUUUUGGCAGCCGCCGCAGGCAGUGACCUGAGUGCCAUGAAGGGGGCCUCGUUGAGCGGGGAGCUAUCCCGCGAAGUCAAAGUUGCCUUCAACGUGGAAGGGAGGAACACUCUGCUUGUGGGACAGGCCGCUGCCGAACGUGGCAUUGUCCAGAUAGUCCUGGCAUUGGAUCAGCCCGGUCAAAGACACGGAAAGAUUAGGACUGGAGUUAUAUAUUGCUGAUGAUAUGAUAAUUUGACCUUGAACCUCUA